AUGACAACAUUUGUAGUAUAUUUAAUAAGUCUCAUUGUAUAUAUCGCACAUUGUCAAACUAAAGUUGAGAAUCCAAAUCUUAAAUUUUUAGAAGAACCAUUAUAUGACGAGUAUGCUAAUCGUGCUAAUAAUGGAACUACAUUAUUUGGAACAAAUAAACAAUAUGAUCAGACUUCUGUACCUAAUACAGCUCCAUUAUCUGAUGAUCAACAAAAUGAACUUAAUUGGAAAAAAAUUCAAGCAGAUUAUGCAUUAAAUCCUAAUCCAACUGCAGGAAUGGUAUUUACUAAUAAUAUUUAUGGUUAUGAUUAUAGAUCUAAUCCUACUGAUAGAUAUACAUAUAAUGGAAAUGAGGAACAAUAUACACCACCACCAAUACGAAGAUUUAAAAGACAAGCUAUUGCCGGAAGUGAUAUAUAUACAAAUACGGCAUAUGCUAAUCAAAGACUACUUUUUGAUGAUAAUAGUGAUACUUUAUCAAAUUACAGAUUAUAUGAUCCACAAAAUACAGGUAUACCAACAGUUUCUCCAAGAAAUAUUAUCUUACAAGAUUCAGUAAACAAUAAUAAUUCAUUGAUGUAUUAUCCAUAUAGAACAAAUGUAACACAAGAUAAUAUAACUCAAGUAAAUGCUACAAAUCAACAAAUAUUAAGAGAUCAAGUAAAUUCUAAUUGUGAAACUUCUGACCCUGAAUGGUGUAGUGCAUAUGUUAGAAUCACCUAUCAAGGUCUAACGACUUAUGAUAAAAUGAGUAAGAUUAAUGCCUGCGCAAAAUUAAAAGACUCGUUAAAAGAUAGCAUUUCCAGUUGUUGCGCUGCAGUAAAAGGAAUUGGAUGUAAUUAA